CACAGCGGAUUCAAACACAAUUACUGUAAUCUGCUUUUUAUUACUAUCGAUUUCAUUAUAAAGUUUUCGCUAUAAAAUGCUCGAAAACUUUUCCAAUUUACAUCAGUAAUUUUUUUGAAAAGUUCUAGCUCUAAAGCUACAUUGAUAGAUAUUUUCGCUGUAGAGUCAUGAAGCAAAUUAUUGUUGCAGUAGCUGUCAUAGCAAUGGUUUUUGCUCAUCCACCAGAUAUGGAUCCUGCAUGUGCUCCAUUCAAUCUGCCCAAAAAUGCGACAUUUAGUGAUUGCUGUCAAAUGAAGGUACAAAUGAUUCCAACGGAUGUAUUCCAAAAAUGUGCUUCUCAAUUUCCGAAGCACCCACCUCCACCUCCCGCACAAGAUGGAAAACCAAUGGGACCACCGCCUAUGUUUUGCUGCAUUACUGAAUGUGUUAUGAAAGAACUUAAAGUAUUUGUUGAUGGGAAAGUUGAUGUUAAUGCUGCUGUCACACAACUAAUUGGAAGUGAUAGUUCAUUGAAAUCAACAGCGGAAUCUGCAGUUAAUUACUGUGUAAAUAAAACAUCAACAAUGCCUUCACCACCUCCAUCACCAGGCGCUACUUGCAGUCCAAUUCCGAUGAUGAUGAUUGGAUGUGUUUAUGGUCAAAUUUACAAAAAUUGUGGUUCACAAAUUGUACCCAACAAACCCGAAUGCACUCAAUUGAGUGAUUUUGCUAAAAAAUGUGAUUGGGUUCCACCAAUGAAAAAGGAUUAAAUUUAGACGUGAUCUUGAUAAAUUAUCAUUUUUUUGUGUCGGAAACUUGAUUGAGUAUUUUAUAGAUAAAACCAGUAUUAAAAAAUAUCGCAUAUUAAUAAAUACCGAAUGAAAAUUAUAUAACGGUUUUUUAAAAAUUGAAUAUUUCGUUGAUCUACAAAAAAAUCUC